GGGCGAGGCGGACGGCCGGGUGGCGCGACAUGGACCAAAGGCUCUCCGAGUUGGUGGAGGACCUCACAACUUCGGGAGAGCCCCAGCUGAACCCUGAGAAAAUGAAGGAGCUGAAGAAAAUCUGCAAGUCGUCGGAGGAGCAGCUGCGCCACGCCUACCACCUGCUGAUGGCCCAGCUGAGCCAGGAGCACGCCGAGGUCCGCCUCUCUGCCUUCCAGGUCGUGGGCGAGCUCUUCAGCAGGUCUCACCUCUUCAGGGUGCUGGUCGUGUCCAACUUCCAGGAGUUUCUGGAGCUCACGCUCGGCACUGACCACAGGAAGCCCCUGCCACCCCCCCGGGAGGUGGCCCAGAGGCUGAAGCAGGCCGUCACCCGGGCUGUCCAGGGCUGGAAUGAGAAGUUUGGCGCGGCCUAUAAGAAGCUGGCCUUGGGCUACCACUUCCUGAAACACAGCCAACAGGUGGAUUUUCAGGACGUGAACGCCAGGACUCCGGCGGAGAGAAAGCGAGAGGAGGAGAAGCAGAGGCGCUUGGACAGGAUCUACCGGGAACGGUCAGAGCAGGCGGCGCGGGAGAUGGAGGAGAUGUCGGAAGAAAUCCGGGGCUGCCUUGUGGAGGUGGACAGCUGCUUCCGGCUGCUGCUGCCCUUUGACCUCAGGCCAUGCCUGGGGGCCGCCUCUCCCGCCACGGCUUGCGGUGCGUCUGAGAAGGAUGCCCCUCGCCCAGCCGGCGCCCCUGACCUUGGGGACGAGGAGCAGCCGUGCUGUAGCAAGUCCCUGCCUGCCUGCGCACGCCGUCCGGUAGCCGUCAGUGGGGAGGGACCGUGCUCUGCCUCCGCGGGGGCGCCCUCAGAGGAUGAGGAAGACGAGGAAGAGGAGGAGGAGGAAGACGAGGAUGAGGAGGAGGAGGAGGAGAGCGACCAGGAGGCCUUUGUGCGGUGCCACGGGCUGGGGUCCCACAAGUACACGCUGGAUGUGGAGCUCUGCUCAGACAGCCUGAGGGUGCGGGCGGAUGAGGACAACAGUGCUGUUAUCCAGUCGGCCCAGGAUGCACUGAAGCUCAUCCGGAACAAGUUCCUGCCCGCCGCAUGCCGCUGGGUCCAGCUGUUCACCCGCGCGGGGACGCACCACGGGCGCUUAGAGGCGGCCGUCGGCCUGAAGGCGGACCUGGAGUCGGCCCUGAGGAGGUCACGGGAGCUGGACAUCGAGCCGGAGGGGCCGCACAGGACGGAGAUGGCGGCCCUGGGGGACGAGGACGAGGACGAGGACGACUUCGUGGAGGUCCCAGAGAAGGAGGGCUACGAGGCCUGCGUCCCCGACCACCUGUGGCCCCAGGGAGGGCUGGAGAAGGACCCUGCCGCACAGGGCUGGCCGGCGAGGACGAGGACGAGGACGGAUGAGGAGGCGAGCAACCCCACCUCUGUGGCCGCCCAGCUGCCCCCGGCCCCCUGCCCGAGCCCCAGCGUUGAGUCCCAGCACCACUUCUGGAAGCCGAGCAAGGCAGAGGAAGAGGUGGCCAGCGCCGAGGUCUCUGAGGGGCUGCGCAGCCGCCACAUCACCUUUGCAGGGCGGUUCGAGCCGGUGCAGCACCGGUGCCGCGCCCCUAAGCCCAACGGCCAGCUCUGCGAGCGCCAGGACCGGCUGAAGUGCCCGUUCCACGGCAAGAUUGUCCCCAGGGACGACACGGGACGUCCCCUCUGCCCGGAGGACAGGGCCCGGGAGCAGAGGCAGCAGCUGCAGAAGCAGGCCGAGCGCCCAGACUGGCAGGAUCCCGAGUUCCUGAGAGACGUGGAGGUGGCCACAGGGGUGGACCUUGGCUCGUCCAGGGCCGGCGGGAGAGGCAAAGGCAAGAGGAGGCGGCACCCCGGCCUAAGCGACCUGAAGCGGCAGGCCGACACCGCCCGCGCGCGCCUCGCCAGGAAGGUCUUCGCCAAGGCGGCCGUGCGGCGGGUGAGCACAGCCCUGGACCAGAUGGACCAGAGGAGGCACAGGAAGUUCGCCAAUCAGUUCAACUACGCGCUGAGCUAGAGGCCGGGCCUGC